AAUUGCUUCAGUGCACAAAUAUUAAUUUAAACCACCCGACCUUAAAUAAUAAUGUGUUAUUGUUUUUUAAACACUUCCCUUCAGUUCUUUAUUAUUAGCGAACGUCGAACAUUAAAAAAAUCGCACGUUAGUAAUUUUUCCUCGGUAAUUGUUGUAAUUUUCGAUCACGGAGCGGACAUUUAGAGUAAAAUAUAUAGGGUAGAGAGAACGUGAAUGAAGCGAUUAACUCUCGAUUAGUGAACAAUGAAGUACACUUUUUAUUGUAGUGUGGCAGCUUUGCUGCUUUUCAUGCAACAGGCUGAAGCUGCGAUGACCGAAAAGCAAGUUUUAGCCGCCAUCAAGCUAAUCCGUAAUACUUGUAAAACCAAAACUAAAGUCGCAGACGAACAAAUUGAUGAUACGCAUAACGGCAAAUGGGACGAUAACGAUGAAAAAUUAAAAUGUUACUCUAAUUGUGUUCUUGGAAUGAUGAAAAUGCAAAAGAAAAAUGGGGCUCCUGAUGAAGAAUCCGCUAUAAAACAGUUACCGCAACUUCCUGAAUCGAUGAGAGAACCCUUCGAAAUUAGUAUUAAAAAAUGUAUUAAUGCAGGAGAUGGACUAACUAAUAAAUGCGAUGUAGCCUAUUCAUUUUUUAAAUGUCUUUACUUCGAUAAUCCGCAGAACUAUUUCCUUCCAUAAAACACAACAAUUUUCUUGGAUUAAAUGGAUUUGAUGGAAUUUGGACAUAAAAUAAAAACUACUGAUGUAUAUUUUUUAAAAAAACGAUUUAUUUAAAAUAUAAAUAACGAACAUCUCA